AAAAUCGCCGCACCCUUUUACUUACAGUUUUAAUACUAGGUGCAACCACCUGUACGCUUUCAACACAAACACUCUGGGUGUUGUUUGCUUGACUGUGGGCACUAUUUUUAGGUGAGCCGAAAAUGCGGCUGCUAUUUUUGCAGAGCAUGCACUGAUGCACCACAAGGCGAGCGCCACAUGUCAUCCCAAGCUGUCUUCUGUUGUCUCUCCGGAGAGAGUACUGAGAGGCGGUGAGAAGCGGCUGGUUGAGGGAGAUGUGUUAACAGUAAGGGAACGGAAUUUAAGGACGCUAUUUGCAUUCUAUUGUAACCUUGUUGGAAUAACAAUGACGUCCUACGCGAGACCUCGAAAAGUUGUGGACUAUGACACACAAAUCAAAGAGGUGCGUUGCCAGCUGGUGGAUCAGCUGAAGGUUUUAGAUUUGCAGCUGGAGCAGAAGACCCAGCAGCUGCAGGACCUGGGCGAGUACUGGAGACGACGUGGGGAGAUCGAGGGAGAGUACGCUCGCUCUCUGGACAAACUGGCCGAGAGGUUCACCUCCAAGAUCAAGAGGAAGGAGCCGAACGGUCAGUCGGUGGCCCAGUGUUGGCUGGUUCUGUUGAGUCAAACCCGCCAGGAGAGCAGGGAGCACAGUGGUCUGAGCGAGAGCUGCAGUAACCUGCUUACCCAGCCUCUCACACACUGCAUGGAGUACACACAGCGCCUGGCGAAGAGGAGUAAGGAGAUAUGUACUCAGUUACAAGAUGGACUGUUGAAGGUCACCGCAGAGCUACAGACUGCUUGGAGGACGUAUUACCAGUACCACUCUGAGUUUUUGUCUGCAGAGGGGAAGCUGAAGGAGGCUGAGAAAUUGGAGGAGAAGCAGAAACAAAGCGCUGCCAAGAAAGUUGAGAGACUCAUCGAGAAAAGACAAGGAAAGGUCAAAGAGAUCCACCUGAAGUGCACCAAGGCACGAAACGAUUAUCUUCUGAACCUGGCUGCGGCCAACACCUCCAUGAACAAGUACUACCACCAUGACAUCUCCUCUCUCAUUGAAUCUGCAGAUGCAGGCUACCACCUUUCCCUGUCUCGCGUGCUGCGGUCCUACCUGUCCAUCCGGUCUCAGACCCAGGAAAGUCUGACUGGAGGCCUGAAGCAGCUCCACACGGCCGUGUCCGGACUGGACCAGAACCAGGACCGAGACUGCCUGCUUCAGACCUACAACAAUGCUUUCUGUCUGUCCCAGUGCUUCCAGUAUCAGCCCCAUGAUGGAGACCAGGUGUGUGAGGUGAGUGCGGAGUGUGGGGCUAGGUGUGAGUUGGAGACCAGGUUCCAACAACUGCAAUCCAGGCUGGCCGCCGUCAACCAGGAAACCGAAGAGGCUGGAAAAGGUGUAUUGGGUGCCCACAGCAUCCUUUUGGAGAUAAUCUGUGAUGAUGACCUAGAACCCAGCGCUGGUGGCAGCUGCUGCAGUACCAGUGGUGGCCAGCAGGCCUAUGAUAGCAGCAGUGAGAAUCUGGCUGCCAAGCCCAGUGUGGCCAGGCGUCGAGCCAACCUGCAGGAGACAGAGAUCCUCUAUCUGGCUAAAGUGAAAGACUAUCUGAUUGGAAGCUCUUUGGUAUCCAAGCUCCAGGCCAAACAUGAUCUUCUCAAAGUGGCAAUUGCAAAAGCGGAGGCAACCAAUGGCCACAAACCCAGAGAAAACGGCAAGAAGUCUUUACGUGUGAGGAAGAAUCACCCCGGCACUAAGUUCACUCAGAAACUGUUCACUGGUGACAUGCUGUCCUUCAUAGAGGCCUCAGGACAGCAGAUCCCAGUUGUGGUGUUGAGUUGCAUUCGUUUCAUCAACCUCAACGGUCUUCACCACGAGGGUAUAUUCAGAGUGCCGGGUUCCCAGGUGGAGGUCAACAACCUGAGAGACGCCUUCGAGAGAGGAGAGGACCCCCUGGAGGACAGGGUUUGUGACAUAGACUCCGUGGCGGGUGUGCUGAAGCUCUACUUCCGAGGCCUGGAGAAGCCUCUCUUCCCUCAAGACAGCAUGAGCCAACUCCUGGAAUGCGCCCAGAUGGAUAACGAGUCCGAGAGAGCGGCGAAGCUCAAAGUCGUCGUCUCCUCCUACCUUCCACCUGUCCUUGUGGUCAUGCGAUACCUCUUUGCGUUCCUCCAUCAUGUGUCUCAGUACAGUGAUGAAAACAUGAUGCAGCCAUACAACCUGGCUGUGUGCUUUGGCCCCAGCCUGGUGCGAGGGGCGCAGGAUGAUGAUGUUGUCACUCUGCAGCCUCAGAUCAAUGCUCUGGUCAAGGACAUCAUUGUGCAGCAUGAGAGCAUCUAUCCCAGCCAAGCUGAACUCCAGGGACCCGUAUAUGAGAAAUGCAUGACACUGGAGCCAGAUGACUGCGAUCCUAUCAUAGAAGAUGGAGAUGGGGAGUCAGAGAUGGAGACAGGGCCCCUCCACCCCACCACGUCUGCUGAAAUGCCCCAAUUGAAGGCAGAGCGACAUCGGAGCAACUCCAGACCAGCCCCCACAGGGGGCGCUGUUGCUCCAAAUGUCAAGUUUGCACUACAGCUCCCCGUGGGGCCUCACGUCAGGCCGUCCCGCUCCCUCUCACCAGGGUUUUUCCGGAAAGAAUGCCAAAGCAAGUCCUCUGCUGAGGACAUUCAAGUUCAAGUUGACAAGGAGGUCUGUCUCCAGAUGAACUCGGUCUUCAAGGAGCUUCUCAAUCGACAAACACCCCAGGACCUACCCCCCAUCACCCCCUCUUCUCAGCCUCUCCAGAAGAAAGGCGGGGGAGCAGGGAGGAAAGGCAAGGGGCUGUUUUGAUCAGCAGUCACCUGGACUGAGAGACGGUUGGGGGGGAAGGGUCGAGGCAACCCUCUGUGGGAGGGCAUUAGAGCUCGAGGUGGGCGAUGACACAUUAUGACAGCGGCCAUUGAAGGGCUAGUUACAGAUGGCUGAGUUCAAUGAAGUACAGUCGGAUCACAGACAAUAUGUCUGACCGAACACACACACACUGUGAGGCAUUCGAUUGGACAAGGCUUGAUUUCCACUGAGAAGCCUUUGUUUGACUGUUUAAUUUAUGGCCAGUGGUGUGUUGGUUAUAUUGUAUUUAUUUAGUUUACUUGAAUUACUUAAUGUGCACUGCUGUAUUCAUUCUCAUUAAUCACUGGUGUAUUUUAUGUAACAGUCUUUCCUGUCUUUGGAUCCUUGUUCUGUGCAGCUGAAUCUAACUGUACUUAAAUGUAUUUCUAAUGCCUUUUGGCAUAUCAAGGAGACAGGUAUGUUGUGUCAUUAACAUUGAAUGAUAACUGUACUAUCUUGUGCACACAUUUGCAUUGCUCUCACUGUGAAAACAUUUGUCUGUUAUAUAAAAUAUCUAAAUGUGACUAAAUUGAUUGU